UCUAAGGUGUAUAGAAUUUGUUUUUGUAAGCGAAAUCUUACUAAGAUUAUAGAUUUUUUCAAGAUUGGGUUAGAAUCUGUUAGGAUCUUAAUAGAAAGAGAACGAUGACGGUUUUUAAAUAGUUCGAUUAAAGUUACAUAAAGCCAAAAUAUCGUACUCGCUAAGUAUUUCUUGAAGAGACUUAAGUGGCUUAAAAUUAAAUUUUAGUACAUAUGUUUGUCUUUUCUAAGGUCAACCGAUCGGUAUAGGAUUACUAGUACAUAAAUCUCAAGAAAAUAUACGUCAAUUACCUUUAAAAUUCCAAUCUGCAUAUACUGAUUUCCAAGUAAUUAAAACGUUCAUGAUUGAUAAAGAUUUUAAUGAAAUGGCUAUGAUACGUGAAUUAUUUCCGUCUUCUAAAGUAUUAUUAUGUUAUUUUCAUAUUAUUAAAAAACUAAAAGCAUAUAUUGCUAAGUUGCAUAUUGAUAUUGAAAGAAAGAAAAAAAUAUUAGAUUUAUCAAAACAAGUAAUAUACAGUUCAGAUGAAACCAAAUUCAAUGAAAAUGUUAAUAGUUUAACGUCAUUAAAUAACGAUUAUUGGAAUUAUUUUCAACAAAAUUGGCUGGAUUAUAUUGAUUUAUGGGCGCGGUACAAACGAAAAGUUGGCAUUACGUUAUUGAGUAACACUAACAACAUAAUUGAAUCAUUUUAUCGUGUAGUAAAAAAAGAAUUUGGAAGGCGAUCAAAAUUAUCACAUCUUGGUGAAGCACUAACAAGAUUAAUGGUGCUUCUAAAUUUAAAAUCUGAUGUACAACAAUAUAAUUUUACACGUCAAGAAUUAACCUCUUUCACAAUCAAUAAUACGAAUUAUCCAGCUUUCAUAGAGGAACGUAGAAAAACUUUGACUGGUAGGGAAAACUUUUGUGUUGGGCUCCGAAAGGUUUAUACUCGUGCGAACACAUGGUACAAAAUUUUUGUUUCGAAGUAGAACAGGAAAGCGAUUCAAUUAUUUUAAAGUGUAGAUAUAGCAAGCUUAACGAGAAAAAACUUUCAAAAACAUCAAUUUUCAAAAAUCAAUACAGAGACUCUCUGUAAUCUGAGGUUCUAGAUAUCCAAAAUCAAAUUUUGGCUUGACUGUCCUUUUGUGGAGAUUAUCGAUUCACGCAGAGGUCGAGAACAGCAAAGGCCGUAAGAUCCUUUCUCUUAAACUAGAAUCACGUUGAUUUGUCUUAGUCCUAUUUGUUCUUCAAAUCUACUAUCCAUUCCAAAAUACAACACCCGUGGGCAUUUUUUGAAUAACUUUUGAUAGGAAUGAGAUAGAUUUUCGCUGUUCAAUAGCCAAGACUUGAGCAGAACUUUUCACAAGCGGAAGCAACUUUUGAAAAAUUCCAGAGAUCGGAUUUUCAGACGAUCUUUGGAAAACCAGCUCCGUUCUCAGAAAACUAACAUACAAUGUUAGUAAGUUUUUUGCAUGCGUAGAUAGUUCGGACGUUACUCUACAAAAUUAUGCAAGUCCCGGCUCUCUAGCUAUCGUCGUUCGGGCAGGGCUCGCUUUCCCCGAGCACGUAUCUA